CGAGUGUAGAGCUAGAAUUGUAAGAUGCCACACUUAAACUAAAAGAAGAAAGUUGAUUUGAUAGAGAAUAUUUGAGGUUAUAUAGUGAUAUUAGUGAUUAAUUCAAUUAUAAUUAAAAAUUCGAUAUAGUUAUCUCAAAGAUGUAAAUGAUGUAAUAUACGUCGUUGAAUUAUCCAUACGGGAUUUGUGUUUGAGACAAUUUGACACAAUAAUAUCAGUGUUAAUUUUUAACUCAUAUGAGUGAUUUCAGUAAAUAUAUUAGAAUAGGUACUGAGAUUAGAAUAUAUUCAACAAAAUGAAAGUUGCAGCUGGAUUUGUUGUAUUUAGAAUAGUAAACAAUAUUGAAUACCUCCUAUUACAAACUUCCUAUGGCAUACACCACUGGACUCCACCAAAGGGACACGUUGAUCCUGGAGAGACUGAUAUUAUGGUCACUGCAUUUAGAGAAACUCUUGAAGAAUCCGGUCUUACAAAGGAUGAUUUAAAAGUGUAUGAAGAUUGCAAAACAACAUUACAUUAUCAAGUUAAUAAUAAGCCAAAAGAAGUUCAUUACUUUUUGGCAGAACUAGUUAACCCAAAGGCAAAAGUUAUAUUGUCAGAUGAACAUAAAGAUUUUAAGUGGUUAGGAUUAUCUGAAGCUUGUGAAAUUGUAGGAUUUGAAGAGUUACAGAAUACACUUAAAGAAUUUGAAAAAUGCAUUACUAACAAGAAAAGUGAGUCCAAGAAUUUAAAAUGAUGUAAUUGUAAAUACAAUGUGAUAUAUUUUAUUUUAUUUAUAAACAUAAGUUUUAACAUUGUAUAUUUGUUUAUCAUAUUUAUUAAAUUGUAAAAUGGGUUUUCAGUAAAUUUUAUAAAAUGUAAUAAAGCAUUGUUGUAAAUCUUACUCAAUGAUAUAUAGAUAGUAUUAAAAUGUUUAAAAAAUAAUUUUUAAUAAAAGGGAUGUACUUUCAAUUUAUGCUCUUUUUUUAAGCUGAACUGGAAAGUAUUAUAUAUUUAAAUUUUUUUGAAAGCUUUUCUGUGAGUCACCAACAAAAUUAUAUAUUCAGAAUGGCUAAACAUCCCUUUUAACACGUAAAUUUUAACAGAGAAUUUUACGAUGGGUUUGAAGAAGGAUUUUCUACAAUUAAAAAAAUUAAAUAUUUUAGCAUUUCCAAAAUCUUCAUUUUGAGGUAGAUGUAUGUUUUUUAAAAUAACAAGGUAAACAAUAAGAUUUCGAACACUGAUUGCAAUACAGUUUUGUUUUCAGGGUUUUGUUUUUGUCAACUGUUCUUCCUGAUUUUAUUGAGAGUUCUGCGUAGCACACGGAAUAGGAUCGCCUUUUUUCGGUUUCUAUAAGCUUGUGUUGAUCUGUUUGGCUCUAAUCGUCGACAGUCUGACAGUUAUCAAGUUUUGUAAGUCCUAAAACGUACAUAUAUAUGCUUAUAAUACUUACUAUCAUUUUUUCUUUAAUACACAUUUUACCAUUUAUGACUUCCUCACGAAAUUCUGUGAUGCUCUCAUUUUGUUGUUGGUUACUUUUUGAUGUAAUAAAUAAGACUUCACAAUUGCAUCGCCAAUAACAAGUUCGAUUGCCAACUUCCUAUAUCAUUUAACUGCUCUACGUAAAGCUGAAUUAUAUGAUUUCAUCUGAUUUAUAAAAACAAUUUUACAGUAACAAAAAAAAUGUUUUUAAAUAAUAAAGUUACCUGAUAAAUCAAUAUAGGCCUUAUGUUUGUUGUAUUCCAGCACACUUUUGGGCUUCAAUAAUUCACCUGAAUGUCUGUUGACCACCACCAUUUCUGGUAAAAAUUUUGUGUUUAGCAUAAGGACAUACCUCUUGUCUUUCCAUUUUUCUACAAAAAUGCCAGUAUUGCUUUCUUCUGCAAUAACUUCUCCGCGUUUUAAUUUGGCUUGCAAAACAGUUUUUGGGUUUAAUUUUCUGUUGCUACGAAGAGUUCCAAUUAUAUGGGUAUUAUUCUCUAGCAAUUUAUGUGCUAAUUCUACUGAUGUGUAAUAAUUGUCCACUACAAUGGUUUUUCCGCUGUUUAGCAAGUCUCUGGUUAUGUUCAGAACAACCUGAGAUGGAACAGAUUGCUCUUCUGAAACCUCUUUUUCUCUUCCACAGUACACCUUUAGGUCAUAUAAAUAACCCCCCUCCAAACACAGUUUAAAAAGUUUAAUUCCAAAUUUAAAUCGUUUAUUCAAGAUAUAUUGCUUAAACUUUAGCUUUCCUUUAAAAGGAACAAGUGUCUCAUCUAUAACAAUAUAUUCAUCAAGUACUAUGGCAGCUUGAAAAGUUUCCUGUAACUUUGAUAGUAAGUAGCCUGUCAUCCAUAUUAGCUUGUUCGUUGUUCGUAAAAUGCCACAUUUUUAACAAAACUUGAAAGUGGUUUCUAGACAAAACUUGUUUUAGUGAAUUUUGGAUACAAACUUUUUUUACAGGUAGGCAAAAAGGGAAGGAAGCUGAACUAAUCCCAUUCACAUAAGGCAUUCUAGAAAUGCUUCCAUUUCAUUUUCCGUGGUGUCUUUCCAAGUUUGAACUCCGGAGCGUUUAGAGAUAUUUUUAACCAUGAGUGGGCUAACCCACACAUAAAAAAUCUACAUUGUGAAGUUAAUACUAUAUAAGCCACCGUUCAAAUUUCAGAUUAAUCUAAUGAUACUUACUAAUGGAAACUUUUACCAAGCAUUUUAAAAACAUUCAACAGAAGCACAAGAAGUUUCUGUCUGACAGAAAAGAUUAAGGAUUUAAUAUAUCAAAAAAACAUACAAAAAUGUGAUGCGAUAAGUUCAGCCAAAGUAUUGCCCAAACCUAAAAUUAAAUAGCUUAAAUUAAAAUGAGCGCUGAUAAGAUCAAUAGCAUGUAAAACUAGGGAAAAAAUAUUAUGUUAAGUUCUGCCUUUGUGUUUUGUUCUCCUUAUCUUAAGAAGAUGACUUUUCACAACUGAAAAAGGCUAAAUUGUUUUUCAACAAAGAAGUGUUAGAAGCUGUGUAAGCCUGUUUUGCAGACCAAGAUAAAAAUUGUUUUUAAAGGUUCUAGUGGCGUUGUUUAUUUAUUGUAAUAAAUGUAUUCAAUUGAGAGCAGGUUAAGCAAUAAGCAAUACUUUGACUUUUAAAUUGUAUUUCCUUCUAUUGUAGCCAGAGAAUGUUUCAAAUACAAGCUCAGUAGUAUUAAGUCAAAUUUCUAAGUUAAAAAACUUAAUUUCUAAAUGAUUUUUGUGAGAAUUUUUUAUUUAAAAAACAAAGUGAUUACCUUUAUAUACUUACAUAAAAUGGAAUACUUAAAUUUAAUUUCCCUGUUUGAAUUUAAUAGUCUAUUGUUGUUAGGAUUCCUUGAAAUUAAGUAUGAAAAUAGCAAUAAAAUUCAAGUAAUUUAAGUAGAUUAAACCUGCGAUGAGAUCACAUGCCUUGAAUUGUUUUCAUUUGUUAAAUAUUUGUUUAAUUUUAAGGUAACUAUGGUUUUUUAUUUUUGUUGUUCCAAAUAUACCUACUUAAUUGUAUAAAGACAGUGUUUUGAUAUGUCUAUACUUUACUUCUAUUUUCAAU